UGGCAGCAGGUGCUGCAGUCAGCAGGUGAGCGUCACUAGCUCUCCACCACCCACAUGCCCGCACCUCCACCACCAGCCGCAAUCAUUGAAAUAGUGUUAUAGUCGAUUCAGUUACGUUGCUUCUUUCCUUAGGUGUGUUUGUCAUACGUCUCGGAGCAGAGCUCAGGAGGGGCCAGGCCAUGGCAUCACGUGUUAUUGAGACAAUAGCUACGUGGCCUUGCAUCGAGGUCCCCAUGGCACAGUGCCUGGCCUUCGCCUAGAUCUGUGUCCCUGGUGCUGUGGCACAACACGCUCGUCGCUCGGGUGUAGCCGUAGUAUCCAACAAGUUGCAGCAAGUGUCGCCAGUGUGUGCUGCUGCACACUUCUUGCAACCAGAGUGCAAAAUGUUUUGAGGUUAUGUAUCCUUCACAUGAGUGCCGGUACUCCUCAGGAUGGGGACCACGAGUAACUGAGAAAACGGCCUCAGUAGGCCCAGUAAUAACAUGACGCAAAUAUUAGAGUGAAGGAGAAAUUAAAGAUGGGUCAGAAAAAGGCAGAAGAGAAGAAAGAUCAAAGAGAAGAGUUGUCAUCCUCGGAAAGGCUAAAUGUGGCGGUGCGGGUUCGUCCCCUCACCAGUGAGGAGAGAAACAAAGGUUGCUACCGCAUCAUUCAAGCCAUCGAUACCAAGAUGUUGAUGCUGCAGGAGCAGGAAACUGGUAAGAGCGACCAUCUCCGCCUCAACAGAAAGAGUGACAAGCAGUUCGUCUUUGACAGACUCUUCAGCGAGGAGUCCAAUCAGGAUGAGUUGUACAAGGACACGACCAAGGUGCUGGUGGAGGACGUGUUGAAGGGCUUCCACGCCACAGUGUUCGCUUACGGUGCUACGGGAGCAGGAAAGACCUUCACUAUGGUGGGUACCACUGAGCAGCCUGGCAUCAUGGUCAGGGCUCUCAACGACCUCUUCAACACCCUAGACUCUGAGAGAAACUCCAAGGCAAAGAUCUCAAUGUCGUACUUAGAGAUCUACAACGAGAACAUCAGAGAUCUGUUACAGCCAGGAGGCAGUCUGGAGCUGCGGGAGGACGCUAAGACUGGUGUUAUACAGGUGGCUAACCUGACUGAGAAGGCUAUUAUCAAUACCAAGGAGGUCAUGAAGCUGCUCACUAAGGGCAACAAGGAGAGGACCUGUGAACCAACAGCUGCCAACAAGACCUCCUCCCGUAGCCACGCUCUUCUGCAGGUCAACGUGCGCCGGUCUGACCUUAAAGGGGAGUGCGAGGAAGUCAAAAAUGGUCGACUCUUCAUGGUCGACCUGGCUGGCUCGGAGCGUGCCCAACAAACCCAGAACAAGGGUAAGAGACUGCAGGAAGGUGCCCACAUCAACCGCUCCCUGCUAGCCCUGGGAAACUGCAUCAAUGCUUUAGCUGAAGGGCGUGCCAAAUAUGUCAACUACAGGGAUUCGAAGCUCACGCGACUCCUCAAGGAUGCACUUUCGGGCAACUGUCGCACCGUGAUGAUAGCGCAUGUAUCUCCCUGCCACCUGCACCGCGAAGAGACCCGUAACACACUCAUCUAUGCUGACAGAGCCAAGAAUAUCUCCAAACAGGUGUGGGACCGAACCGGGCAACUUGAGAUGGGCUGGCGAUCCGAGAAUCGUCGCACCGUAGAGGGAGAAACCAGAAGCAUGGUCAAAGAAGUACGGAGGUCAGAUGUAUUGAAGGAGUCAGGUAGAACCUUGGUACUUGCAGCUGGUGACGAAACUGCACCAGCAGAUGUGCUCCUUCUUUCUUAUGUUCUUAUUAAAUGCUUCCUCAUGAUUGUGAUAAUCAUUACUUUGAACAGAAAUAAGCUGAUGGAUAUUGACAGCAGCAUCCUAGCAUUAUCAAUGGAGUUUGAACGUCAGAAUCUGGUAGUUACUGAGUGGGAAGCUGAGAGGUCGAGGCGGUCCAAGGGUCGCUCAGAUUCUGUCAAGGGACCUGAUGGAGAGGAUAUUAUUGACAUGGACACCGAUAAAGAAAAAGAUGAUGACAGCGAUGAUGAUGAACCAGAAGAAGUGACUCAGGCCUGGGAGGACCUGAUGUACCUGCAGAAGGAGCAGCAGAGGUAUACAGAGAUGCGGGAGAAGGUGGAGCAGGAGAUGACAGAAGUGAAGAAGCGAGCCAACAAGAUGGAAGAGCUUUUAGAAAAACGUAUAAGAUGCAGAAAGCGAUUGAAUCGGUGCCGUAAACUGCUCAGAAAAUGGCAUGAGGCGCUUCCAAAAUCCAUCACCAACGAUGAGCAGCGAGAACUUCUUAACCUUCUCUGUAAGGUACACGAGUUGGAGAUCCAGAAGGUGGAGAUGCAAAGCGAGGCGCUACUUAAGGAACAUGAACUCAGACGGAGAGAUCUUGUCAUCAUGAGGUACGACCGUCAACGUUCCUUGUGUGAUGAGAUCAUCACUCGUCAACGCCAGAUGCUGGAGGCCAUUCACGAUGGUCAUGAGACCAAGACGACUAUGUCUCCAGAACUGCAAGAACUGUAUGCUCUCUACCAGAUGGAACUGCAGUACACUACCAACCAGAGGGAUGGUAUCUAUACCAGUGAUGCCAACCAUAUGUUUAGAUUACCAGUGCUUGUGGACAGUUACCAGUGA